AUGAAUCUGAAUGAGAGUAAUGUGCAGCAAAAAGGGCACGAUGACGAAGAGCAGUUGCAAGAGAGUGUGGGCACUGAACGCAGCGGUAAGGAGAGCAACGGUCCUUUGAGUCCUGACUCCUCCUACCGCCCCCGGCGCCCCGUCUCCAGCAGAACUGUGUGGGCAACCAGCACAAGCGCCGCUGGGCGUGUGGGCUGGCGGAAAUUUUGCGAGCGUUGGGCGACACGGCGUUUCCUGUCUCUGUGUUAUUAUGCUAAUAACCGCUACCAAAGCAAGCAAGGCUACAAGCCGAACAACCCCAGGGGCGAAAUGACCAUGGGGGCCUUCCCUGCCUUGCCUUUGGGGGAAUGCGACGCUGCUUUCUGCUGUAGUGCUGAUCCAACUGUCAGAGUUGUGAGAGAGUCCUAUCCGUACCACAGUACGAAGUGGAUAGGAGAAGCUGAGCUUUCUGAAAAGCCGAGGAGAUGA